AUGUCCUCAGAAAAGCCAAUUCUCGUUGUCGUCGGUGCGACAGGUAAUCAGGGAGGGUCUGUCAUAUCGCACUUUUUAUCACUAUCAUCUUCUCCAUACGCCCUUCGCGGCAUCUCUCGUGACCCAUCGUCGUCUAAAUCUGUUGCUCUCGUAGCGCGCGGGGUGGAGAUGGUAGCUGGGAACAACUACGAGCCCUCCUCUCUUGACGCUGCCUUCAAAGGUGCAUCUGUCAUCUUCUGUGUCACUGAUUUUUGGGCUGCUUUCUUCGACCCUUCGCAGCGCGAGAAGGCUGUUGCAUCUGGUAUAUCCAUUGGAGAGCAUUGCCGGUCGCUUGAGGUGCGGCAAAACCGAAAUAUUAUUGAUGCUGCUGCCAAAGUGAGCACGCUGGAGCGCUUUGUCUUUUCCAGCAUGCCGAACACAAACAAAAUAAGUAGUGGAAAGUACAGAAAUGUUUACCACUUUGAGUCCAAAGCUCUUGCUGAAGAAUAUGGUCGCGCGGCUCAUCCAAACCUUUGGGAGAAAACGACUGUGCUUUAUGCCGGGCUGUACCUGGAGAAUUGGCUCGAUACCUUGGGGGCUAGUGCCUUACUACCUCCAAAAUGGAGCAACGACAGGGACGAACUUGUGUUGCCUUUGCUGGGACCAUUGAGCGAUGCACCGUUUCCCUUGUACUCCGCAGUGGACGAUACUGGUGCCCUUGUACAUACCAUACUUCACGCGGACCCGGGACAGAAGGUCAUCGGUGUCAAUGAAUGGCUUAGUAUCAAAGAUAUUGCCAUAAUUUUGGGUCAAGCGUUAGGGAAGCGCGUUGAAUUUGUCCAAGGUGAUCUAGGCUUCGACCUAGGAGACCCAGAUCUGACAAAGGAGAUGACAGAGAUGAUGGAAUUCUGUGUUGAGUUCGGAUAUGAUGGGGCAAUGGUUGAUAAUACCAUUGUGAAACCUGCUGAUUUAGGAGUGCCAGUUCAUCUUCAGCCUGUUAAGGAGUGGUGUGCAAAGCAGGAUUGGAAGAGUGUGCUACAAGUUGGUGGAAAUUGA